UACCUAUAUAUAUAUAUAUUACGCAUAAACAACAUUUCUUCGUAAAUUUUGUGGUUAUACUAAUAAAAGAUUGCUUGUUACAAAUAAACGAUAAAUAGUCGGACAAUGGCUGAAUGCAAAUUAACCUUGGUUACGUUGGUUACCAAAAAGCUUAUACACCAAUAAACUGAAAUUAUUGAUAAAUCAACAAAAUAAACGAAAAUUUAAUAGAGUAGUACCUGACACAAUUUAAAAACAAAGUGCAUACUUAAUUCGAUAAAUAAAUAAAGUUUAAUUAAAUGCAAAAAAAUUAGAACUAUAUAAGUGAUUAACACUAUGACUACGCGGAUUAGUAGAUCCUAUUUACAUUCUUGCUUAAAGGUACCAAUUGAUCCGUGUAAUAAUUGUCCAGCGCCAAUUUAUAAUCGUCCAAAGAUGUAUUUAGGCCGACUGACAAUGACACCAUUAUGUGGCACAGCAAAAACAGCAAAGACUGCCGAGUUGGAACAUGUGGACUCUGCAUUGGUUAACAGUGGCAUACGUUCCUUGGCGAAACUUUACGAUAGUAUACCAAAUUACAAUGACAUCAACCAUUUACCGAACGAAGAAUUUUACUCCACAUUGGACACCUUGCGGUCCACUUGCUUUGAGUUGCGAACCAAAUCAGCACAAACGUGUAUAGUGGAGGAGAGUACAUCGACAUCUUCUCUAUCUUCUCACUGCGCUAAUAGAAAGCGUAUGAGGGCAAGCAAAUUGGGCAAGCAUAUACCUACAACAGGCAGUGCUUGUGGCAAAAGAAAAACAGGAAAGUGUAAAUUAAAAGAAGAAUUAACACGAUCAAGUUGCAAAGUUGAUGCAAGAUGCAAGUUGGGAACUCCUUUUGGUACUACCACCAAAAUAGAUUUUGCAAAGAAUAUUGCUGUAAAGAGCUAUAAAGAGGAGUUUGAUGACGAAAUAAAGGCAUUUCAAAAAACUUUGGAAGAUUUCGAAGGAGAACUCAAAAGUCGUCAUAAAAGUGCUACCUUGACCGAUUGCAAGUUGAAGAAUUCUAAAACUGAACCACUUGUAAAUAUAGGGAACUAUACUAAAUGCACAGAUAAGCCCCCAGUAACACCGGAUCUUGCUAAUUUUCGUAAUAUUUUUAAGCAAACUACUGAAAAAGCACGUCCCUGCUCCAAAGCGAGUACUAAGAGUUUAAGAAGUUUUUUAAAAAAGUCUUUCUCCUUCGAUGACAUAAACAGAGUAGCAGAUUGCAAGCAUAAUGAAAAUACCGAUGACAAAAAUUUGUUGAAUAAACAAUCAGGCCCGCAAAUUCUUAUAAAUCGAACCCCUUUAAAAUUCAGUAGUUAUUUUUCACCAAAGACAAGCAUUAUUUCACCAAAAAAUUUUCCACCGAAAAUUGUUGUCGAGUCGCCAAGUGAGAAAAGUAAUUCUACUAAAACUUCUGGUCGCUCAAGUACAAGUGGACGAAAAAAGAAAGGCAAGGAUAAAAAACAACAAAAAGACUUUCAAGUUCCAUUUUCAAUAUUCAACUUGGAUACGAAAAAAGAAAUUAGAAAGCACGUCACACCGUCACCCAUACAUCCGGUAGCGCGGCCGAAUCUUGCAGCUACGUUAAGGGUUGAGGUCUCAAAAAAGAAACUGAAAGAGCUGAAAAAUAAUUGUACUUAUUAUGACGACACACCACAAUUUGAUUGGGAAGUGAGAAAAACGCCGGCAUGGAGGUCACUAUCUCUCAAUGAAAGUCAUAAGGAGAUCCUCUCUAUGCGUUUGGCCACCCGUAAAGCCGAACAGGCAUUGCAACAACGUGAUUACGAACUAAACAUGGAAUUGAUGCGUCAAAGGGUCAAAUCAGCACCACUACUUUUGGAAGGCGCAACAUUUUGGGGUCCUCAUAUUGGGAAACUAACGCAUACAUGUCAACGCGAAGGAGAAAGACACUGGUGUCAAUCAAAACAACGUAAAUCGCGUAGCAAAAGCGCUGACAGCCGAAGAUUAUGCACCCAUGAUGGUAUGGAUAGUCAGUCCAGUCAACGAAGUAGUAAAUUAAAUUUCCUGCAUAAAACAUAUGGUGGCAGUUCAAAAGCACGCAGGCGCAGCUCUUCACAAACCCCAGUGAGAAGAAAUACUGAACAGCCUGAUGAAAAGCAACGUGUUGAGCAGCCUGAAGUUAUAAAUGACAGUGGUGAUGAACUCUCUAGUCUGGAUAGAGCAUUCUUGUAAAUAUUCUAAUCAAAAAUUCAUUCCUAUGUAUAUUUACAAUACAGUGUAAAUGUUUAAUAAAAAAUGUAUGUACUA